AUGAACUUGCAAGGGUUUUUCCAAGACAUCUUUUCAAGACAGGGUGUCAAUGCUCCGUCUGCUCAGAAUAACAAUGAUGGACCUCGUUCAUAAGGUUUACCUAGAACUUAGAAUGACCCCUCUGCUAAUCAGGGCAAGUUUGAGGAGAUUAAGAAUAAACAAGGAGGUAGCGCCGUUGGAGGUGGAAUAGGUGGAGCUGCAGGUUCAUGGUUAUAAAAAAAUCUGGGUGGUUUUGGAGGAUUUGGCAAUCAAAACAUACUUAAUCAAAAGGAAGAUAAGAAUUAUACAACCUGCUUAACAUAUACUAAGAGUUUCUCAGGCAAGAACUUCAUCAUGACUGGUGCUACUGGUGGUAUUGGCUCUAAAGUUGCUAAGAAACUUAUGAAAGCUGGGGCUAGAGUUGUGAUGCUAGUGCAAGAUCCAUCUAAGAUUGAAGGGGCUAUGAACCUUAGGAAUACACCUUUCAAGGCAGGCAGAAACUUCUUCCCAAUCGCUUUGAACUUGAGAGAGCCAUAUCAAAUUGAGAAGAAAUUCAGACAAGCAUUGCAAUAAAUUGGAGGUGAUUUGCAUGGACUUAUUUUAUGUCAUGGCUAUAUCAAGAAUGAGAGCAUCACUGAGACUAACAUGCUUGAAUGGGAUCUCAUGAUGAAUCUUAAUGUUAGACCACACUUCCAAUUGAUAUCAAUAGCAAUACCAUUCUUGAAAUUAACCAAAGGAUCAAUAACUGUCUUAUCUUCCACUGCAGGAGAGACACCUUUACCUGGCUCAGCUAUCUAUUCCACUUCUAUGUCAAUGCUUAACAUGUUGGUAAAGUGCACAGCUCUCGAGACAGCAUUCCAUGGCGUAAGAGUGAAUGCUGUAGCUGCAGGAGUGACCUUAACACAAUCAAGAAUGAAGAAAGAGUCUUUGAAUUUCACAGAUAACCAGAACAAGACCUUCUUAAUGGAGGCUGCCUAGGAUGUUCCACUUUUGAAUCAGAUUAACUUGCCUAAAGAUGUCGCUAGAUCUAUCCUCUGGUUAGCUUCAGAAGAUGCCUCAUUCGUGACUGGUGAGAUCUUAACUAUUGAUGGUGGGUAGUCACUCACUAACAACAACUAUGUUGACUACUUAAAAGAACUUGAAGCCUAGAAACAGGGUGAGGGACUGGCUGGUUAGCUAUUUGGAACUUCAAGAUAAUGA